AUGACAAAACCUAUUUCGGAGUAUUUAACAUUUCGAGGUGGUAAAUGGGUUACUCAAUUAUUCGUGGAAACAAAUGAUAUUACUAAAUUCAAUGAUGUUAAAUUCUUUUAUGCAAAUAUAAUCGAUUAUAUACGUAUAAUUAUGACUCUUAUUGCAGCAUAUACUAUUACUACAGAUUGGCAUUUAUUAAGUGCAUAUUUAAUUUUAGGUGCAACCUAUUUAGAUACAAUAGAUGGACGUGUAGCACAUGCUUAUGAUCAAUGUUCUAUAUUUGGAUGUGGAAUUGAUUGGUUAGCUGAUUUAUUAUUUGGCACAGGAAUUUUUGAUUUUGGUAUAACUACAACAAGAAAAUAUCCAAUAUUAAAUAAGAAUCAAACUGGAUUUUUUAUUAUUCUUGAUUGGUCAAUACCUUUAAAUACUUAUACUAAAUUUGGAAGUUUUAUUUGGUAUGUUUAUUAUUUAUAUUGUAUAUUAUGUAUAUUAGAAUAUUGUUAUGGAUAUAAUAAAUUAAUUUCAAUAAUUAAUCUUUUUUCAAUUAUACAAGAACAAAAUUUAAUAUUAAUAUUAUUUUUAUUAAAUCGUUAUUGUUUAUUUAUAUCAUCAUUAUGUCAUAUAUGGUGUGAAUUAGCAUAUGGUAUUCGUAUGAUUCAGUCAUGGAUUGAACCAACAAGAAAACAAGAACCAGCAAUUAAUGAAAUUAUUUAUGAAGAUGUAUCAAAAUCAUAUCAAGGUGGUUUUAUUCAUUAUAAAUCAGUAUCAAAUGAAUAUAAAAAUUUAAUAGAAACUUCUAUAUCAAAACGUGAAGUAUUUUGGAUUAAUUUAUGGAAACGAACAGGAAAUCAAAUAAAACAAAUAACAUAUAAAAAUUAUUAUGAAAUAGAUAAAAUGGUACAUAUUUUAAUGGAAAAAUAUUAUCAUACAAAUACAGUUAUAUUAGAUGGUUAUGGUUAUCUAUUAAAUCCAAUUAAUUCUCAAAGACAAGCAUUUCAUAUAGAUUAUAAUUGUGAUUAUUCAUCAUUAUUUAUUCCAUUAGUUCCAAUAUUAGCUGAUAAUUCAGUUCAAUAUAUCAAUCCAUCACCAUUUAUUGAUUCAGAUUUAUUUCAUGAAGCAACAAAAAAUUAUGAUAAAAUAAAUGUUAAUCUAUUAUUACAAAAUGAAAAUUAUUAUACAGUACGUCAAUGUAUUUCAAAUCCAUUUACAGUACUUAAAAUGGAUUUUAGAACAAUUCGUCGAGGUAUAUCAAAUCAAGAUACAUAUCAUCGACUAAUGUUUUAUAUAUCAGUUAUUCGAAAAAAUUCUCCUAAUCAAACAAGUAUACCUGAUGAACAACUUAUUGAAACAAUUAAAAAAGAUUUAUAA